AUGGUUUCCCCAUCUGCAGCAAACGUCGUCACCAGCGUCGCGCGACGUCUGAACGGGGACGUGGUGACUGUCACCAUCUCCCGGCCAUCCAAGCUCAACAGCCUAAAUGUGUCUCUAUUGGAGCUGUUUACAAAUACAAUCCAGGAGCUCCCUCAACGAUACCCUAACCUGAUGGCAGUCGUGAUCACUGGAGAAGGCAGCAAGGCGUUUGUCGUCGGUGCCGAUGUCAGCGAGAUAAGUAUGGUGGAUACCCCCGCAGCAGCCCGCCAGUUCAUCACCAAAUUCCACCUCGCCUUCAAGAGUAUCCGGGAGUGUCCAGCUCCGGUGAUCGGGCGAAUUAAUGGUUACGCGCUGGGGGCGGGCUUGGCCAUCGCUGCAUCUUGCGAUUUUCGGGUGGCUAGCAGCAAUGCAGUCUUCGGGAUGCCAGAGGUUUGGUUUCUCAACUUUCCUCUGUGUAUUCUAUGGUCUAGGAUAAAUCUAGGUCUGAUUGUGAAUAGGUGCGCAUUGGGGUACCAAGCGUGGUUGAAUCAGCCCUAUUUCCUGGGUUGAUUGGCUGGGGACGGACGCGUCGACUGCUCCUGCUCGGUGAGAAUGUCGCAGCUGAGGAGGCUCUUCAAUGGGGUCUGGUUGAGAAGGUCGUCCAGCCAGCUCGCCUCGACCAAGCUGUGGAUGAGUGGCUUCAGCAUUUGGAGAAGAAUGGUUCGGUGGCUGUUCGGCAGCAAAAGGCACUGAUGCUGCAAUGGGAGCGGCUGGGAUUGGAAGAUGGGAUCCGAGCGGGCAUACCAGUAUUCGGAGAGUCAUUUGCAGGUGGCGAGAACGGAGAGCCAGCAGAGCCAUCUCGAAUGACUGCGGAGUUUUUGAAGAUGAAAGGAAUCAAGAAAGAUGGUGGCGGAUCUAAGAUAUGAUGUGGAUCAAUAUGCUCGACGAUCCAUAGCGGAGCUCACUUGAUUGUAGUCGUCUUCUUUGGCGAGAUAGCUAGAUUCCCUGAGUUUCUGGGUUAGAC